GGAAAACACACGUAAGUACCGCGAAUAGCGAACUGAAAAAGUAAAACACAAUUUGUUAACUAAGUAACUAUCAAUAAUUUCGCUCCUUAUUUCCUCUUUCCUUCCCUUACUCGUCUUUCUCCUUCAGUCAUGCCUCUCUUCCUUUACCUGCAACUUCUCUACUACUCUCCACUCUAUUUCUCUCUCCUCAAGUACUAACCGUUUUCUCUCUACAUCCGCCAUGGACGAACCUUCACCAUCUCCAGAAAACCAAGACCUACUCAACCUCUCUACACAACGUUUAACUUCUCUCCUCGAAAAUCACCUCCCUCAAAUCCACCAUUUCAAGACUAAAUGGUCUUUGAUAAGAUCAAAACUCAUUUCAAUCCAAUCUCAUCUUGCUGACCUUUCUGAUUCCACUUCUUCUCGAUGUCUAUCUUCGAAUUCUAUUGCAAUUUCUGUUCUUUCGUCGCUUUCAUCAACUCUCGCUGACGGAAUAUUUAUUGUCGGGAAAUGCUCCGACUCUGAUUCACUACCUGACGGGAAGCUACGUACUCAAAGCGAUAUUGAUUCUUUGUCUUCUAAACUUGACCGGCUCAAUAAAGAUUGUGAGAUCUUGCUUCGCAGUGGAGUUCUUGUUGGAGAUGGAGCUGUUGUUGUUGUUUCUUCUGCUAAUCCUCCGGCGAAAGAGAUGGUUAGGAUAGAAGUUAGAAAUUUAUUGACUCGGCUUCAGAUCGGUACUACCGAGUCUAAGAACUCGUCGAUGGACUCGCUUUUAGGGUUACUUAGUGAAGAUGAUAAAAAUGUGUUGAUUGCUGUUGACCAAGGGAUUGUUCCUGUUCUUUUGCGAUUACUUGAUUCUACUUCACCGGAAAUGAGAGAGAAAAUCGUUGCGGCGAUUGCUAGGAUUUCGGCUGUUGAUAGUAGCAAAAAUGUAUUGAUUGCUGAAGGUUUAUUGUUGUUGAAUCAAUUAAUUAGAGUGAUUGAAACAGGAAGCGGUUUUGCUAAAGAGAGAGCUUGUGUUGCACUUCAAGCGUUAAGCUUUUCCAAGGAAAAUGCCAGAGCAAUUGGUUCUAGAGGUGGAAUUUCUGCGUUGUUGGAAAUUUGUCAUGGCGGAACACCUAGUUCUCAAGCUAUGGCGGCGGGAGUGUUGAGGAAUUUAGCUCAAUUUGAAGAAAUUAAGGAGAAUUUUGUGGAAGAAAAUGCAAUUCCGGUGUUGAUUGCGUUAGCAGACACUGGAACAACACUGGCUCGAGAGAAUGCUAUUGGAUGUUUGUCGAAUUUAGUUUAUAAUGAUGAACCGUUAAAGGUGUUGGUUGCUAGAGAAGGUGGAGUUGAGAGUUUGAAGAAUUGUUGGGAUUCAACUCCAAUAGGCAAGGGUUUUGAGCCUGCUGUUGAGUUUUUAACGAAUUUAGCAUCUUAUCAUCCAAUUGGGGAAGUCUUGAUUUUCCAAGGAUUUCCUUUAAGGUUAUUGCCAUUGUUAAAUUGCGGGGUUUUAGCAGUGAGAAUUGCAGCUGCUGAAGCAGUUUAUGAAAUUGGAUUUUGCUCAAAAGCCAGGAGAGAAAUGGGUGAAUGUGGCUGUAUCUCAGCUCUUGUGAAGAUGUUGGAUGGAAAAGCCAUUGAAGAGAGAGAAGCUUCUGCAAAGGCACUGUCAAAUCUAUUGGCAUGUACCUGUAAUAGGAAGAUAUUCCGGAAGGAAGAAAGAGGGAUAGUGGGUACAGUUCAGCUAUUGGAUCCAUUGUCAAAGAAUUUUGAUAAGAAAUGGCCAAUUGCAGUUUUGCUUACUUUGGUGAGCUCUAAGAAGUGCAGGAAACAAAUGGUUGGUGCUGGAGCUUGUGUCUACUUGCAGAAGCUUGUUGAGCUUGAAGUCGAAGGGGCGAAGAAGCUUCUAGAUAGUCUUGGCCGGGGUAAACUAUGGGGCGUUUUCACCAGGCCUUGAUGCUAUGAAUGAAUCAGAGAUGAUGAUGAUUUCUUGUUUACUGUAUGUAUAAUUCUUUUGAACUUCCUUUUUUUACUAAGUUCUUGUUCAUAUAUGUGGUUAGAGAAUUUGUGACAUGAGAAACGGCAAAUGAGAGUAAUAGUAAUAGUAGGCUGUCUAAUUGUUUGGAUGAUGA